AUGUCUGUAUUCCCCAGGGAGAUCAUACUCAGGAGCAGUGAGCUCGCCACACUCGCCGCCAUCUUCCACUUCAGGUUGCUUCAUCUGUCAGGAUCUCCACCUCUGGUCUGUACAACUCUGUAAACCCUAGAUGCUCUCCAUUAACGUCUUCCUUGAUCUCCCCUCCUGCUUUGAAGUGGGACAAAGCCUGGCUAUCUCGGGGUGCAGAAGAGUCCCCCUGCCUUAGCGCUCUGCCCGGCGACGAACAACUGCGUGUCCACCUCGGAGGACGCCGGCGACUCUGCACACUACGCGCCGCCGUGGUAACCUGCGAAUCUAUCGUUCCAGUAUUUUCUUCCUUUGUCCUCAGCAGAGCUCGAGCAUAAACCUAUCUGUCGAUUUAAUCGAUUUCUCUGUAGCGAGAAAAUUCUUAGAAUGGGCGAUUCAGCGAUCACUGUCCGUGACUAUGGGAGAAGUAAAUGAAUUGAUUCCGUCGAGCUAUUCACCAUGUUUCUUCGGUUUCCCCCAGGAACUACAACCCUGAGGACGGUCGCGGGCCAGUGAGCAGAGAAGCAGCAAUGGCGGAGCUCCUCGAAGUGGUUAGCGGCCGCCCCUUCCCACCGCAUCUCCCUUCUCCACCCAUUCACGCUGCCGACGAGUUCCUCCGCCCUCGCAGGUGAAGUCAACCAAUGCCAAUGGAUUCACUCCUCGCAUCGCCGAGAAGAAGGACGACUACCUCCGCGUCGAAUACGAGAGUCCUAUCAUGGGAGUAAGACCGAGAUCUUAAUCUUCAUCUCCAUCUCCAUCUUCUUCCUCGCAAUUACAGCCUCACCAUCUGCUUCCCGCUCCAGUUCGUCGACGACGUGGAGUUCUGGUUCCCUCCUGGAGAGAAGCCCCUCGUCAACUAUCGAUCCGCAUCGCGCCUUGGAAUCCUCGACUUCGACGUCAACCGUAAGAGAAUCAAGGUAACACCGACAACUUCCAUGGAGUUUGCCUCUGCAACUCUCCGCUUACGGAAUCGGCGUGCAGGCGCUGCGGCAGAGCUUGGAGAAGAAGGGAUGGGCGUCGGAGUCCGGCUUCUGA